GUGACUUAUGUCAUGUACACGGGGAAAAUGGCUAAUACAGUGAAUGGAUGUAAGCCCGAGUGUCUUGUUUACAUCGUGUAAAGGUUGUUUUUACAGAAUAUUACUUGAAAUGAAGGAUAUCAAUUAGCAAUAUGGGGAAUAAGGAGUCUAAACCCUCGGUUAUACCUUACGAGGAGGCACUGAAAAAAGUGUCCGAGGAUGAGUUGAAGAGAUUAAGAGAGGCGUUCAAACGCUACUCCAUCCCGGCAGGCUACAUGAGCAAACUCAUCUUCGUCAAAGAUGUCAUGGGAGAUGCAAUGCCCCAGAAACUUGGCGAGCAUCUAUUCUUUUCUUUUGGUGGGACAAAUAAAGGAAUUACCUUCAAGGAUUUGUUUUGUGGACUUGUCUUGCUGACGAGAGGGAGACAGGCAGAAAAACUCAGAUUUAUAUUUGGAAUGUGUGCGAACCAGGAGAAUGGCACGUACGUUACGAGGAUGGAUCUCAACAACUUCAUCGCCGCCUGCGAUGGUAACGCCCCAGCUGCAGACACUGUGCAAUUAUUCAGAGAGUCUGAUCGGGUCUCCUAUGAACAAUUCUGUAGCUGGUUGAUGAAGAACAGUGAUGUGAUGAAGCUUUCGGCAUGGUUACUACAGGACAGUGCCAAACAAGGUCUGAGACUAUCGGAUGAGAGUGACACGCCGACCUUCUACCAGACAUUAGCUGGAGUUACGCACUUGGAAGAGGCAGAUAUUAUUGAACUGGAGAAGAAGUACUGGGUACUACAAGCACAAUCCAAGUCAGGCAGACUGGAUCUUGAUACCUUCACUCCACUCAUUGCCCCACCCAUGCCUGCAGAACUUGUGGAAGGUGUAUUCAAUGCAUUUGAUGAGAAUCAAGACAAUCAUAUAGACUUAAAGGAAAUGGCCUGUGGACUAUCAGCCUGCUGCAGAGGACCACUGCCCGAGAGACAAAAGUUCUACUUCAAGAUCUUUGAUGCGGACCGUGACGGGAGACUGUCCAAGACGGAGCUGGAGAGGAUGUGCACGGCGCUGCUCAACGUUCGUCGAGAAUCGAGGGUGGGGCUUGAGAUUGACUUCAAAGCCGUAGAGAACCUGAACCCUGUGGAUAUCGCUGGAGACAUCAUGUCCAAGCACGCAGGAGACAGUGAGCAAGGUAUCACUGCUGAAGAGUUCCAGGUGUGGGCUGUCAAGAACAGCCUUCCAGAUGACUUCAACAAGUUACUCUUCCAGAUCUGUCACAUCAUACUUGGUCUAAGACCGCAGAGUACAGUGGAAGAGAAAGAGGUGAUCAUGGGGUGGGUGGAGAGAGAAAGGAGAAGAGGACUCAGACCGGCGCAGACUUGGUACCUCAUCUCAGCUCACUGGUGGAAAGGCUGGAGUGACUAUGUCAACUACAGGCCUACCAGCAGCAGUGGCCAACAGACAUCAAGACAUGCUGGUGUCCAGACCAGCCUAUCCGCCCUAUCACCUAACCACACCACCUCAUCACCAUCCUUCACUCGUCGCACCCAGGUCAACGGCGGCCAGGCAUGGGGUGACAACUACCGCCAAUCCCACUCCUCUCCCUCCUCACCGUCGUCCAAUCAGAACGCCACGACCGGCUCGAGGCCCGGCACGUCCCACUCGCUCCCGCGCCAUGCCUCGUUGGGUGGAUCUACCAGCAGCGUGAAGCCACUGCAGCAUGCGUCAUCAUUCAACAGCUCCAGCCCGUCAAGGAAGAGACCUGGACAUGCUGUAGCGGUUCCUACCAACUCCAUCCCCUGUAAACCCGGCCCCAUUGAUAAUACAUCUCUUGUAGCAGCUGAUAAUAAAAAGCAAGUAUCCACCCUGACCAAUGAGGGCGGUAGACUCAGACGGCAUCCUCCAAUCUCUCAGAACAAAGACUAUGAAAUCAUCCCUGACCCUGUCUGGAAAGCCCUAGCUCUGUGGUAUGCAGGAGGACCAGCUCUUCCUAGAAAUGUGAUCGUUCAGCCGACGACGCAAGGCAAUACAUCCUGCAAGCUAGAACUGUACCCUCUGUGUGUGAAGUUAUUGAGACACCAGACCCCUCAAGUCAAGCAAAAUGGUUGGAGUGGUGUCAAUCUUGGAUUAGGCAAUAUAUCACUGAGUUCCUCGGGACUCGGUAUCAACAUCUCAGGGAACAGUGGUACCCCCCAAGCUCCCAAACGCUACCAGGCGUACGUGGCAUGCUUCAGUAAGAUGCACACGCUCCAGCAGGUCCAUGACUUCUUAUCGGCGAGGUUAAGGGUCAGAACGGAGGAGAUGAGGUUAUGGAACCUCAAAGACGAGAACAACCCUGUAGUCCUUGAAGAGGAUUCCAGCACGUUGGAUCAGCUCGGCAUUGCCGAUGAGCAGAGCUUACUGAUAGAGAUCAGGAAUAAGGAUCUCAGCUGGCCCGAAGAGAUGUCAUUAUUAGCCAAGAAGAAAGCAGAUAGGCAAUCGAGUGUGCGAACAGAUAAAGGUGUGACCGGUCUUAGUAACCUUGGUAACACGUGUUUCAUGAAUUCAGCCGUCCAGUGUAUCAGCAACACCCAGCCUCUCAGACUAUACUUCCAAACUAAGUCUUACCUCUAUGAACUCAACCCUACAAACCCUCUGGGGAUGAAAGGUCAUCUUGCCAAGAGAUAUGGUGACCUUUGCAAUGACCUUUGGUCAGGUACAGCGCGGAGUAUAGCACCUCUCAAACUCAGGUGGACGAUAGCCAAGUAUGCACCUCGCUUCAGUGGGUUCCAGCAACACGACUCCCAGGAGUUAUUAGCUUUCUUACUGGAUGGGUUACAUGAAGACUUGAACAGGGUGCAUGAGAAGCCGUAUGUGGAGCUCAAGGAUAGCGAUGGAAGGCCGGAUGAAGAAGUCGCAACAGAGGCUUGGGAGAACCACUUAAUCAGGAACAAGUCUGUGAUUGUGGACCUGUUCCAGGGCCAGCUCAAGUCUCAGGUCCGGUGUAAGACAUGCGGUCACAUCAGCGUGAGGUUUGAUCCCUUCACCUUCCUCUCCCUGCCUCUCCCUAUGGAAAGCUCCAUGCAUGUAGAGAUUGUGGUUGUUCGCCUUGAUGGAAGCGUACCUGUCAAGUAUGGUUUGCGACUGAACACAGAUGACAAGUACAAGUCUUUGAAGAAGCAGCUGGCUGACCUGUGCGACAUGGGGUCAGAUCAACUCGUCUUGGCCGAGAUUGGAGGAGCUAUGGUCAGGAGUUUUCCGUCCGAGGCGCAGAAGAUUCGCACGAUGCUAGGGGGCAUCCUGUACGCUUACGAAGUACCUCAGACAAGCCCGUCGUCGGGGAUCUGCAAAUCAGCAAGUCAAGGAUCCAUUGGAUCACAAACCAAUGCUAGCCAAACUGCCAUGAUGAAUUCCGAGUCCAACCAGCAGCAACCUCUUCCUCCCAUUGAUACGGUGACCAAGGAGAACACAGGAGUACACAGACUACCUGCCAAUGGGGACAUCCCCAGGGCCGAUAGGGUGUCACCGAUCCCCUCGACCGAUUCACCGGGGGGUGGGGAGAAGAGAAGAAGAUUGGAAAAUGGAACCACUGCCAAAGAUGACAUGGAUAAUGACACACCAACAAGCAGUCCCCCUGAGUCUAUGGUCAGUUCUGGUCACUCACCGUCCACUCCUAGUCAGUCCCGUGUCCUUCAAGCCCAGCACAGCCGGACGCCAAGCACUGCCAGUGGUACCAGUGCGGUCACCAUCUCCCCCGUCAUGCCAGGGGCAGAGUUUGAUGGCUUCGUGGUAGCCAUGCAUCGGAAAAUGAUUCGGAUGGACAUGUACUUCCUAGCGUGGCAGAAGAGUCGUCCAUGUUUGUUUGGUCUGCCUCUCAUCCUGCCCUGCCAGCCCUCCACGACCAGAGAAGACCUGUACAAGGUGGUCUGGACUCAGAUCUCAAGGCUGGUCAGUCCUACCAAACCAACUGACCAUAACACCGGUCAUAACAAGAACCAUGCUGAAGACUGCGACAGCCCUCGUCAGAAGUACCCGUUUACACUGAAGGCAGUGCUGAAGGACGGCUUGACAUGCGCCUGGUGCCCGUGGUAUAGAUUCUGCAGAGGAUGUGAUAUACCUUGUGAAAGUGAAGCUCUGAAGACGGGCUUAGCCUACAUAGCCAUUGAAUGGGACCCUACGGCUCUACAUCUCAGGUACCAGAACUCACAAGAAAGGUUUGUGACUGAGCAUGAGAGCUGCGAGAACAGCCGACGGCUACAGACGGAGCCCAUCAACCUGGAUGAUUGUUUACGAGCGUUCACCAAGGAAGAGGAGCUGGGGGAGGACGAACUGUACUACUGCUCAAAGUGUAAGCAGCAUCGGCUAGCAGCCAAGAAACUGGAUAUAUGGAGGCUACCACCUAUCUUGAUUGUACACUUGAAGAGAUUCCAGUCUGUGAAUGGGAGAUGGGUGAAAUCCCAAAAGAUUGUCAAAUUUCCGAAAAGAAACUUCAAUGUGAGUAACUUUGUGGUUCCGAAGGGGGACACUGAGCCCAGGAUAAUAGACGUAACGAACGAUGCACCUGCAGAGACGGAAGAUCUCAAAGAUUCAAGCGUACUAGGUCCCCAGGCUGGUAUCAACAUCAAUGCCAUCGAGAUGAGUAGUGAGGGGGCAGGGCAGGGGCGAGUGGACAGUGGGAGGGGGAGCAGCGUGGUCGUCAAUGGAGACACGGAUCAUUCAGACAUGGAAGACCCCGCCCAAUCGGAAGACCCCGCCCCAUCGGAGGACGGAGCUGUGGAGAAGAGCAAAGACAGACGAGAGAGACCGGCUGCGCUUCGUCUGGAUACGUCGGGCGGGGCUCUGCCUCUGAUGAAUGGUGACUGCAAGUCAGACAUUGUGAAUGGACACGGAGAGGGAGAGGAGGAGGGUGGGGACGGGGAGGAGGGCGGGGCCAAGGAUCAGGAUAGUGGUUACGGAACGCUGGAGAGCGGGCAGGGUGAUGGUUCACACAGCCAAUCAGGGUCUAACUCACCGAGCAAACCCAAGUUAAAGAAGCAGGCUUCAUUAUUGACUCCGCCCGUUGAUGCUACUGGAUCUCAUCCUCUUCUUCAUCCUCAAACCAAACCAGAGGAAGACGUGGAUGAUGGGCAGAUGUACGAUCUCUAUGGAGUUGUGAGUCAUACUGGUAUCCUUGGUGGAGGUCAUUAUGUUUCUUACUCUGUUAAUCCAAACAAGAAGUGGUACUGCUACAAUGAUAGCAGUGUGAAGGAGGUGAAAGAGGAGAUUGACAUGGACAACGCAUACAUGCUCUUCUACGAAUGCCGGUCCAUGUCUUACGUACAGUACAUACCCGACACGUCGGGGAAGCACCCGGACAUGACGACGAUAGAGGACGAGAUCGAAGCCGAUUACCGCAAGUUCUGCGUUAUCCAAUGACUGGUGGGGCGAGGCAAGCUGGGGGGAGUGCUGGGCACGGGUCUCUUCUGGCUCUGGACGGCCGCCCGGGAAGGUAUGAGGGCUGUAGGUACCAUCAAGAAAAAUUAAUUUUCUCCUUUUUUUUGUGGAGACUCAGAAUUUGAUGACCAAGAAGGAUAGAUUCCUAUAAAAGCCCUUGCAAAAAUAUUGAUUGAUCCUUAUUUUUAUACUUAUGAAGUUUCUAUAAUAGUGAAAUUAAUUGCUAAAGGGAUUUUGAAAAUAACUUGAUAUUUGCAAUAGAUUUAUAUUGAUUCUUCAAGAAGUGUGUUGAAAUUUUUUUUUGGAAACAAACUACAAAAAAAUUGAAAUAGGGAAGGAUUUUGUUAUUUUAUUAGCUGGGGUAAUCAGAAGAUACCUUUGUUUUAGGUACUGUGACAUUUUGUUGGGAGCCUACAUUUAAUUAAAGAAAGGAUAUAUGAAUGAUUAUCCAUCAAAAUAAAAUUCAACAUAUUUAUGAAACCCACAAGAGAUCAAAUUUUAAAAUUCUGAAGAGACUCAAGAAAGUAAUUUAGAUUCAACAAAAUGAUGAUUACCCCCCCCCCCCCCCCCCCCCCUUCGAGCGAUUGAUCAAAUGACCAAAAUCCCUUAAAAGUGACUUGAAUUGUAGGAUAACCAAUAAUUGAUGGAUAUGUUGAAAUUUAGAUUAUUCAUUUUAUAGUAGUUAGUCCCAUGCCCCACCCAUCCAGUUUGCCUCGCAAUAGACGCCCCACUGAUGAGCCGCUUGGAUCAGAGGUCAUGAACCAGGUGGCUUCUGGGAAGAAAACAUGUCUUCCCUCCUGACGUCGAGUACAGAACAAAAUAUUGUACUUAAAUAACUUUUUAUUAUGAUAAUUGUAAGUUGAUGUGAUAUUUCUGUGUCAGUAAUUUUUUUUUUUUUUUUUACUUGUGAUUGAAUUGUUGUCUGACGUGAAAUGAUAUAGCUUGAAUUGCUAGUCGGUUGAAGUGCAUACAGAUGUGACUGUCUAUGGUAGAGUUGCGGUGUCCAAAACUGUGCCAUAUCUUUUUGUUUCUGUUGCAUGUUUUUAUGUCAGAUACUUACGAACCAUUUAAUACAAGUCUCAAUGCCUGUAUGAAUGAAUACUGCUUCAUUCAGUAGUGUGUACCAAAAUACUAGUUACUCAAUUACAGAGUUUUACCGAUAAUUUAUUUGAACAAACUUUCAGUCCCCCAAAAUCCCCAUUAUAAUUUUGAUUGUCUGAUCUGCUCUAUCUUUUUAGGUUUUUUGUUGUUGAAUUUUUGUCAAAGAAACAUGAAAUUAUGUGUGGGGAAAAAAGGUCAUUGGCAAAUAUUGAAAUUACAAUCGAAAUUUCAAUAAAAUUAUUGCUCAAAGUGCCAAAUUUUUCUUUUUGCUAUAUCUUAACGAAUUAGCAGGUUAAUGGCGAUCAGUGAAAUCAAAUGAAUCUUCCCCUAAACGUAGUAUUUAUUUAGUAUAUGAAAUAUACU